AUGCCUCUCCCCUUCCUCGAGAGCGUACUCUUCGAUGGCCUCCCGGAAUGGAUGCCCGACCUCCGAUACAUAUUCGCCGCCGUCGUCGUUGUGGGAACGCUCUACGCAAUCAAGACCUACUGCGGCGGCAUGCUCAACCAGGCCGAGAGGGACAUGCACGGAAGGGUCAUCAUGAUUACAGGAGGAACGUCGGGAAUAGGCGCAGAGACCGCCCGGGGACUGGCGGAACGGGGAGCACAGAUCGUUCUCCUCACACGGCUGCCGCCUUCCAAUCCCUUUCUGGCCGACUUCGUUGGCCAGAUGCGAGACAAGACGGGCAACGAGAUGAUCUACGCCGAGCAGGUCGACCUGACUUCCCUGCACAGCAUUCGAAAGUUUGCCACCAAAUGGGUUGACAAUGUGCCCCCGAGGCGCUUGGAUAUGAUAAUACUGUGCGCCGCGACACUUACACCACCGGGGUCCAAGAGGAUGCAGACUGAGGAAGGCAUCGAGGAGACCUGGAUGGUCAAUUACUUGGCGAAUUUCCACUUGAUCAGCAUACUGAACCCGGCCAUCAAAGCCCAGCCUUUCGAUCGCGAUGUCCGUGUCAUCAUUCCCACCUGUUCGGCUUAUAUCUCGGCACCACCUUUGUCGGUAGACCUGGACGAGAAAAGCUGGACGCCCAGCAGAGCAUACGCGAGGAGCAAGCUGGCUUUGAUGUCGUUCGGUCAAGCAUACCAGAAGCACUUGGAUUCGUAUAAGCGUCCCGACCAGUUGCCUAUGACUGCCAGGGUUCUCUUCGUCGAUCCUGGCCUAGCACGUACUCCUGGCAUGCGACGCUGGCUUACCCGGGGCUCUAUCUGGGGCUUGUUUCUAUACGUGGCGGGCUAUUUUGUACCCUGGCUCUUCCUCAAGAGUGCCGAAAUGGGUGCUCAAACGGUCCUCUAUGCCGCUCUGGAACAAAGUCUUGUGCGCGGCCCCGGCGGUAAAUUUUUGAAAGAGUGCAUAGAGGUCGAUUUCGCAAGAGUGGAUGUCAAGGAUGAGAAGGUUGCUGAAGAGCUAUGGAAAGCAAGCGACAAGUUGAUCGAGAAGACGGAAAGGGAGUCGGCUGCUCUACGUGCCCUCGAGAAAAAGAACGAGGAGUUGAAGGAAAAGGAAAGACAAGAUGCUGAGAAGGCAAAUGACAUUGGGGCUCUAGUCGACACAAUCAAGAAGGGCAAAGAGGCCGAGAAGGCCAAGUCAAGGAGAAAGAGCAAGAAAGCGACAUGA